CAGUGUUUGAGCAGGUGCAAACACCCCUGCACCCCUAAGAGGAAAUCUAUGUGUCUGCAUGUUGAGAGGCACAAAGAGAAUUAAGACUCAACAAUGAUGAUCUCUGUCCAAAUCGUGUUUCUCUUAUUCUGGAUGUCACAAGAUUGUAUGAGAUGUAACGCUGAACUAACUGCGGAACUGUUGACUGUAAACCUCAAUGAGUCUGUUACGCUGAACUGCACAUAUAAUUGCUCCACUGCAUUUGUUCGUGCCUGCUUGAGUGGACCGGGUACAGAGAAGCCGUGUCCAGACAUCAGACAUCGGACAUCGAAUGAUAGUGACUCUUGCACAGUGUCUUUUCAUCUGCCAAAGGUGUCCACUAAACAUUUGCAUAAAUUCUACAUGUGCUAUACGGAGCGUACUGAUGACCCUGAACUUGAACAGAGACCAGAGCGCAUGUUUUUACUUCAACUUCCAGUUCAAACAAGUACCCCACAUCUGACAAGUCUCCAAACAACUGAAAGUAGAAAUGGAUCUCUUCCUGUGCAGUCAGGGGAAUCGACUGGUAUUCAGGUUUUGGCUACAGUUUCUGUUCUCGUUGCCAUGAUUCUUGCAGCAGUGGCAGUUUAUCUAUGUGUGAACAGACAGCACUGGAUUUGCAAAGGAGAACCUCUGGGUGUCAGGUCAGGACAAGGCUGUUUCAGGCCGCCACAACGGCAGGACGAUGUCCUCACGCCAGUAACAGGGACGCCAUCAGCACAAAGUGAAAGAGUCACUUUGAGGAUCCCUCCACCAGAUGUUGAGGACGAUACUGAAGUUCCGUAUGCAGACAUUAUGAUCACUGUUCGCGGCGUCAGCACACCAGAACUCUCUCAAGUCAACUACACGGCUGCUGGAGAUCAAAGAGAGUGGUGGGGCGAUGACUCCCGGGCCCUCCUGCACGCCUCACGGUCAGCAGACAGACUGCAUGUGCCACAGCCCAGAGAAGUCAGCCGCAAGAUGAGCACCAACUCCGAGUAUGCAAUCAUCACGUACGCCUGAUCUGGCACUCUGCUGUGGCUGUCAUGCGAUACCAUCACUCCAUCCAUCCAUCAAUCCUUCCACAGGAUGCAGAUCUCAGCAACUCACUCUCACACUCUCAGCUGCAUCAAAUUAUGUCACUACAGAGGCUUCUGAAUGAAAAAAAAUGAAACAUCUCUUAUUUUGAGUCUCUUUGAAAUAAUUUGUGUAAAUUUAACACACAUAUACCCAUACACGCAUAAUUAAA